AAAAUUUUUAUAAGUACGCGUAAGUAUGAGAUAUGAAUGUAUACAGAUGGUCUAUAACUUACAAAGCCGCAACGUUGGUAUUGCAUUCCUCGAAGAAGAUAAGAAAGGUAUUAGUUUCGGGGAAAAACUUCUGAUCAUGAAGAAGAUCACGUGAAUAAGCACUCGGAGGGAAGUGACUACGAGACAUCAGGUUCUGAAGACGUUAGUGAUCUAGAAAAUUGUUACGUUAAACCAACGUCUCUUGGAGUCACGCGCACGAGGCCGUGUAACUCAACUAAAGAAUGGUUACACAUGGAGUACGAAAGUUCCAGAGAGAAGAUCUGACUGUCAAAAUGUACCUCAGCCUAUUGAAACACCGGAAUCGAUUAAUGACUGUUGAGACAUUUAUUCAAUUUUGGGUUUUAUUAUAUUGGGUUUUAUUAUAGGGAAUUAUUAUUCAUGGAUGAAAUUAUAAAUAUAAUUGUACAACAUACAAAUAGCAAAAGGGACGAUGUCUGUGCUAUGAUGAUGGCAGAAGGUAAAAAUAUGGAAACUUAUCACUACCUUAUAGACGCCACUGAAUUAAACAUACAUUGGCCUACAUUGGAAUCCUCUACUCUUCUGCAUAAAAAUCAUCCAAUGUGAACUACUUACACAUAUGGAGUCGAGAGAACAUUACAUUUUACAGAUGUGUGAUGGGGCAAACUAGAUUUAUGUUUAUAUCAACAUGUUUGCGACUCGAUAAUAAGCUAGGAAUACUGAUUAAUAUUGAUGAUUUUCAUCUGUAAGAAAAAUCUGGGAUCUCUUCAUGUUUGUCAAUUGUCAACGAUAUUAUAAGCCUCAUAAUUACUGCACUGUGGAUAAACAACUUUUAGGAUUUCGAGGGAGAUGUAGUUUUCGAAUGUACAUAAAAUCAAAAUCUGAUAGAUAUGGUCUUAAAAUCAUCUCUCUGAAUGAUGCUUACACGUCAUAUAUGAUAAAUGCUAUACCAUAUCUCGGAAAAGUAAGAGUCCAAAAUGAAUCGGUUCCGGAAUUCUUCUUUAGAGAAGUGACAAAACCAAUUUAUAGAACUAAUAGGACAAUAACUAUUGAUAAUUGGUUUACUAGUAUUCCUUUAAUAGAGCGAAUGCUUGAACCCGAAUUCAAUAUGACUAUACUGAUAGUUCUGGUUGCAUCUACUUUCUCUAAUUCUGCAAAUAUCGUUAAUGACAAGCCAGAAAUAAUUAGACAUUAUAAUAAAACAAAAGGUGGAACUCUUUUGACAAGUUACCACACGUAUACAGUAAGCAGAAAGACGAACAGAUGACUUCUAUGAAUCUUUUUCGUAGGAAUGCUUGAUCAAGCAACAGUUUACGCUAAGAUUUUUUUAUAA